CAAAUUCAUGUGCCGGCAUUAAAUGCGGGUCCAGUGCUUCCUGCACUUUCUAUCGUGAUGGCUCUCCUUACUGCUUGUGCGACGAUGGCACCAGUAACUUCAACGAAACAGACAAGACGUGCUACAACGCGUGUGCCAAGAAGGAUUGCGGGCCGAAUGCUGAUUGCGUGCACAUGGCUCCUGUUCCCAACAGCCCUGCCGAGUGCAUGUGCCACGAUGGUACAACCUACAAUGAAACCGACAAGACAUGCUACGACCCGUGUGCUCUCUCUGGCAAGGACUGUGGCUCCGAUGCAACCUGCUUUCCGAGUGGGAGCGAUGCUGUGUGCGAGUGCAACAUGGGUGGUUUUCUCUUCAACGAGCCUGACAAGACGUGCUUUGACCCGUUGGUGCAGACGGCGGUGCAGCUGAGUGGGCACAACUUCAAGGAGCGCCUCACCUUCUCCACCUCGGUGCCGGCUAAGCAGGCCAGCGGCACCACCGUGUGCAGCGACCUGAGCUCCAGAAUCGGCAACGCCAAGAUCACCGUCACGUGGGAUGCCCCUAAGGCCAGGGUUGGCAACGGCAUGUGCAAGAGCCUGACGUUUUACGCUGGCCGGGGCUGCACGGGCCAGCAGGGUCUGACCAUCGCACGCCCUGCGAAGAAGGGCCGUGCCUACCCCGCCACGAAAAGGCCUAUCAAAGCUGCAUAUUCACUCCCUUCCCAUUCUCACCCUUCCCGCGCUUGCAAGCCGCGGGGCUCUGCCGUCGUGACGAGCACCAGCGACGUGGCGCGGUACAGCGCGACACGUGAACUCGGACGUGAAAGAAGGCGAAAGCUCUCCGCCGUCUCCGCGUUUUCCCGCCUCCCCUUUUCCCCGGCGGCCGUCUCCUCUCCCUUCGUGAUGGAGCGCCUGACCGGACUUGGCCUCGCGGCACUCGUCGCGGGUCUCGUUGCCAUCAGCUUCCUCGCGACCCACGCCAGCGCCGCUGACUCGUGUGACAAGGAUUGCGGGCCAGAUGCUGGUUGCGUGCUCAGGGCUCCCAACAGCCCUGCAGAGUGCAUGUGCUACGGUGGUACAACAUUCAACGAAACGGACAAGACGUGCUACGAUCCGUGUGUUCUCUUGGGCAAGGAGUGUGGGCCCGAUGCAAUCUGCUAUCCGAGAGGGCCCGAUGCUGUGUGCUCUUGCUACAUGAAUGGGUUUACCUUCAACGAGACCGACAAGACGUGCUUUCCCCCGUUGGUGCGGACGGUGGUGGAGCUAAGUGGGCGCAACACCAAGAAGCUGGAAUUCACCUUCUCCACCUCGGUGCCGGCAGAGCAGGCCAGCGGCACCACCGUGUGCAGCAAUUUCAGCUCCAGCAGCGGCGACAGCAAGAUCACCGUCGUGUGGGAUGCCCCCCUUGCUUUUGACCCCUUGUCUCUAAAUGCCUGCGUUGAUUAUUUCUUUCUGCUGCCCACAACAGCCACAUGUCACAAGGAUUGCGGAACCGCUGAGUGCGUUGUGAAGGAGGGCAAGCAGCAGUGCCAGUGCCCCGAGGGCCUUGUGUUCAACGCAGCCAAGAAGCUCUGCCGCGCUGCUCCUCCUCCCAAGUGCAAUCCUGCCUGCACUGGAAGUGCUCAGUGCACGUGGGUGGGAGGAAAGUCGGUGUGUCGUGCAUGA